AUGGCUGCCCUCACGAGCCCCGGAGUCGGUAUAUCGGUCAACGUGUCCAGGAGAGACAGCCAGGAGUACUUGAGGUUGCACCAGCUCGAACCUUAUCUCGAGGACGCCGCCGUCUACGCCCUCUACGCGGAAGACGACUUAACACAUGAGGAGCGUUUGCGCGACUACUUCCGACAAGUGUUAUCAUUAGAACACAUCUAUGGAAGAGAAUAUACAUAUGUAAGCAGUACGGCCUGGAAUAGACGAGCCUUCGUGGUUGCUUUUCGGAAAUGUGUCCACCCGCUGCGGGACAUGGACCUCACGGUUCCCGACUUCCACCAAUUAUUGAUAGUCAUAUGCCCGGACUUUCCACGUAGUACAUUAGAUAGCAUCAUCCACGUCCUCCCAAGGGCGUUACAAAGUGACGGCAAGUUCCACUGCGGCACACUGAGUACUGCCUUCGAGGUCCACUGGUACCAUUCGAAGUUUCUGUCGGCAUUGGAUCCCUUCUUCCGGAGACUAGUAAGGAUUGAUGACGGCGUGGCCGUGCCGACGGGUAAAGAAGAAGGUGAGAGUGCCGCUUUGCCUCUGGCCGAUCUAGAGAAGGCUGUUGUUUAUCUCAAUGCCACGAAGGGUAAACGGUCGCACCCCGCGGCCAUUUCGUGGGAAGUGGUGGAGCAGUGUUUGAAUGAUGCCGGGUUCCGGGACGCCGUGUCGUUUCGCCGGCUCUGUCAAUGUUUGCUACAGUCCGAGGUGCUCGCGCGGCGCCUGCACACGCCGCCUCUACCUAUGCGGAGCAUGGACCGUAUCCAUGCUAUUUUAACACCGCCGCCCAAACCCUCGGUACCGGAAACGACGGAGGAGGAACCCGUCGUCGAGGAGAAGCCGCCUCUACGAAAGCGGUCGCUGCGCAAGAAGGUCAACUCGACGAUGCGGCUGGCGCUCGCCGCGCGGAAGCGCGAGAACGCCGAGCGCGCGGCGGCGGCCCAAGCGGGCGGGGGGGGCGGCGCCGACGAGGAGUAGUGUGUAACGUUGUUGUGUUUUCGUCUGAGCGGUCGCGGCGGCGCCCGCGUCGGGGCUCCCCGAGUCGAGCGCCUCCGGGGCCCACGGCCGCGUUGCCUUCGUUUGAGCGCGGCGACGGCGUCGGGGCCCCGCGGCCGCGUUGGCCUGGGUAUACUCAGUUUCGCGGCGGCCGCGACCGCCGCGCCGCCCGCACGUUGUUGGAACUCCGUCUACUCGUGCUACUCGCCUUGGAGUCCGUGCGGAGAGGUGCGCGAGAGUGACUACGCAUGCGCGGAACGCUAGUGUGUUACUUUCGCUGGCUCCGCAUAACCAGCCAAGUAUUUGGCCGCUCGCGGCGACGUUCCACAUCGUGACGUUUCUUUGUUUACUGACGUUGUACCGGAACUGCUCGCUCAAGCCUUUAUAUGUCAUUCUCCUGGCGUUGUUUAACGACCUGACGCUCACGCCCGUCUCGAAGGACUACGCGGACGCGUCGAAGGACCCCGUGGACCCGCGCCUGAAGCCGAUCAUCAUCCUGGCCGUGGUGUACGCCAUCGUCUAUGUGGCGGGUUCCUUGAUCUAUUAUGAAUUGGCGACGAACUCGGGCCUCGAACUUUUAUCGAGACACCGCAAACUAAAGUUCGUGACGCGCGAGGGCAUCCACCUGUGUCCGUACUGAAUCGUCGCGUCGACCUCCACGCCAUCGACGCGACGCCUGCUCGAUAGCGCGCCCGGCCGACUCACUGUUUGAUUUCCACACAGGCAUCCACCAGUGCACGCGCUACGUCCAGGCGGCGUUGUUUCUGGAGAUCGGUUUGUGCGCCGAGUUUCUGAUUUUUUCAGCUAGAGCGCCGGGCGUCUUCUUCAUGUCGAGACCGAGCCCGUACCUCAUGCUGGGGACGGCCAUCGGGGCCAUCGUCCUCUCGCUGUUAGUACGCUUCGCCAACGGUUUUGGUGAUCUCACGGGCACGGACGUUAUUUAUUGUUGGAUCUACUCGAUCAUCAUCUUCCUCCUCGCGGACUGCGCGAAGCUGAUAUUUAUUGCCUCGUUCCACAUCACGAGCGGCGUCUUGGAGGAGCUCCCCGACGACCACGAGGCUCAUGAUGCAGAGGAGCACAUCGACGACGACCACAAGGAGCUCCUCCAGGGCAAGCGCGGCUCGGUCCACAAGCGGCCGAAGGUCGCGGCGACGAACCCCGGCGGCCUCAAGGGCCUGCUCACGCACGGCAACACGCGCGACGCGGGCAUGGCCAUCUACCCGUCGCUCGAGGACGCGUCCUUCACGCACUUAACUGGCCCGCAGAAGGUCGCGAAGCGCGCGCAGCGCCGGUCGUCGCGCGGCAGCGUCGUGUCCUACUAGGUGCGCGGCGGCGCGCCUUUCUCCCCUUAUAUCCCCGAUCCCUUCCCCUGA